UGGCGAUUGGGCAGCUGCAGAGAGCGGAGACUCGGUUCCCCUGCCCUAGUCUGGGAGUAGUGGGUGGGACUCGGCGCAGCCAGUUUUCCACCAGCAGGCUGCCAUGCAGCUUUCCCAUACUUUCCCUGCGUUAGACCCCGAGACCGAAAGCAACCAGCAUUGCUGGGGGGCGACUCUAGGCGAAGGGCACCUGCAAGGGAGCGCGUACUGUCUGCAGCGGAGUGACCAGGGCCUUGCGUGACCUCGCUAUGUGCAGAUUUGCGAGGCGUGCUUUGGAGCUGCUGGAGACCUGGAAACGCAGCCCUGAGGUCUGGGAAGCCACCCAUCAUCCUGGUCAUCAGUGUCCUUGAACUGGCAACAGCUACUGUUCGUUAUUCCCACAUCAGACAUCACUUCCUCCAGAGGAAAGCACAGCUGAGCGAGAGCAACACCAUGUUUUGCACAAAGCUCAAGGAUCUCAAAAUCACCGGGGAAUGUCCUUUCUCCCUACUGGCCCCAGGUCAGGUUCCUAAGGAGCCAGCAGAGGAGGUAGCAGCAAGCUCAGAGAGCUGUAAGGCAACCCGGCCCAUCUGUCAGGACCUCCCUGAGAAGAAUGCACAAGAGAGUCUUCCUCAACGAAAGACCAGCCGGAGCCGAGUCUAUCUUCACACAUUGGCCGAGAGUAUUUGCAAACUGAUUUUCCCAGAGUUUGAACAGCUGAACCUGGCACUUCAGAGAACAUUGGCAAAGCAUAAAAUAAAAGAAAGCAGGAAAUCCUUGGAAAGAGAAGACUUUGAAAAACUAGUUGCAGACCAAGCAAUUGCUGCAGGAGUUCCAGUGGAGCGCAUCAAAGAAUCUCUGGGAGAAGAACUUUUCAGAAUUUGUUACGAGGAAGACGAGCACAUCCUGGGCGUGGUGGGUGGCACUCUGAAGGACUUUUUAAACAGCUUCAGCACCCUUCUGAAGCAGAGCAGCCAUUGCCAAGAAGCUGAGAAGAAGGGCAGGCUGGAAGACGCCUCCAUCCUAUGCCUGGAUAAAGAUCAUGAUUUCUUGAAUGUUUACUAUUUCUUCCCAAAGAGAAUCACAGCCCUGAUUCUUCCCGGCGUCAUUAAGGCAGCUGCUCACAUUUUGUACGAAAGCGAAGUGGAAGUGUCCCUAAUGCCUCCCUGUUUCCAAAGCGACUGCCCUGAAUUUGUCAAUCAGCCCUAUUUGCUGUACUCUGUUCUUGUGAAAAGCACCAAGCCAUCCCUGUCUCCUGGCAAACCCCAGUCCUCGCUGGUGAUCCCUGUGUCCCUCUUCUGUAAGACGUUCCCAUUCCACUUCAUGUUUGACAGAGACCUGACUAUCCUGCAACUUGGCAAUGGCAUUAGAAGGCUGCUGAACAAGAGGGACUUCCAAGGAAAGCCCAGUUUUGAAGAGCACUUUGAAAUUCUGACUCCAAAGAUCAACCAAACCUUCAGUGGGAUCAUGACUAUGUUGAACAUGCAGUUUGUCAUCCGAGUGAGGAGAUGGGACAACUCUGAGAAGAAGUCUUCAAGGGUUAUGGAUCUCAAAGGCCAAAUGAUAUACAUUGUUGAAUCCAGCGUGAUACUGUUCUUGGGGUCACCCUGUGUGGACAGAUUAGAAGACUUUACAGGACGAGGGCUCUACCUGUCUGACAUCCCAAUCCAUAACGCACUGAGAGAUGUGGUCUUAAUAGGUGAACAAGCUCGAGCUCAAGACAGCCUGAAGAAGAGGCUGGGGAAGCUCAAGGCCACCCUAGAGCAUGCCCACCAAGCACUGGAGGAAGAGAAGAAGAAGACUGUGGAUCUUCUGUGCUCUAUCUUUCCCUGUGAGGUGGCUCAGCAGCUGUGGCAGGGCCAGGUAGUGCAAGCCAAGAAGUUCAGUAACGUCACCAUGCUGUUCUCGGACAUCGUGGGGUUCACCGCCAUCUGCUCCCAGUGCUCACCGCUGCAGGUCAUCACCAUGCUCAAUGCCCUCUACACUCGCUUUGAUCAGCAGUGUGGAGAGCUGGAUGUCUACAAGGUAGGGGAGGAGCAAAGCAAUGGCUGUCUUGCUGGUAAAAGUCACUGUGGAAAAAAAGUGAGGUGCCCACACUCUGCAUUGCAAUGCAUCUGAGAAGCUUUCUCCGCAGGGUCAUGCAGGCUACCCCUGGGAACAGGCAUU